UGCAGACUCUCUGUUCUUGAUCAUUCUCCUCUGCUUCUGAAGAGUAGCCUUAUCAACAGGCUCCUCAAUAGCCCUUCUCUUCCCUUUAGCCACCGAGGCUGAAACCCCAUUCGUGAGAGAAGAGCAAGCGUCGGAAGCGGAAGGAGGAGGAGGAGGAGGAAGAAGCCCUGGAACAUCUCCCACCAGACAUCGUCGAGGUUGGUGGGGGGUUUGAUGUCCUUGGAGGGAGUGUAGAUGGAGGAGGGUGGGUUAGGGAUCAGAGGAGAAAGCGAAGAGGAAUCGCGUGGCAGAUCCGGAUUCGACGAGAAAAGCUUCGACGACGCCAUGCAGAGUUUGAAGGCGCGCGCGCUUUUUGUUAGUUAGUUUGGAGUUUGGAUUAUCCUUAUUCUUCUUAUUCUUCUGCAGAGCAGGUUCCUCAUGAAAUGCCUCACUCAGAGAACCAAGCAACUGAAUCCAAAUUCACACUUUGAAUAACACUGCACAAGUACUUUGCUUUGUUUGCCUAUUACUACUUGAGUUUAUGAUUUUCAAGAACCAGAUGGACAUAAACAUGUUCAUUGUUUUUUCAGUCCCGAUAUAUACACACCUUGUACAGUAAACCUCUCCAUUUCCACCUUGUACACGUAAGCAUCUGUUGAUCAUUUUCCAUGUCCGCUUACAGGUUGGAUGAGAGAGGUAAAAUCAAGUUGGAUGAGAGAGAUUGGAAAAUUGAAAGGGGGCAAACGAAAUUUUGAGUCUAAAAUUAGACAGCAGCCUCUCUCUCAUCUUCACCUUUAGGGUUUUCUUGCUCAGCCACCGUCUCCCCCACCAUUUUGCUCAGUCACCGUCGCCCCCAAUAAAGCAAGUCCCCUCCGCUGGGAUCGCUCUUCCACGUUGUCGCUGGGUUCGGUCCUCCCUCGUCCCCACCGCGGCUCGCCCUCACUCUCUCUUUCCCUAGUUCAGAACCACCCUUUCUCCCCCUUGAGAAACAAGGGAUCCUCAUAGUCAAAGGAAGAUGUCGAUACUUGCUUUUCUUUGCCAUUUAAACUUGUAGAAGGUUGGGUCAUACAAGCCUCAAUUUGCUGCUGCUCCUCCUCCCACACCAAGCCCAGCUGCAGCCACUCACCCUUUUCUGCAAAAUAUGGUACGUUUUAGGCACACUUGUAAGACAAAGUGGCUUGUUAAGGUGAAUAAGCAUCUAACAGAUGCCCAAAGGUCUCGAAUUCGGAGAACCCCGUUUCACUCAUUAAUGGAAAUGCCUGAAAAAUUACGUACCAAUUGCAUAUUGUUGUCUAACUUAGCGAGUCGGUGGGUGGAGAACCGUUUCGGUUUUAAGAUACAAGAUAAUGUAGUGCCUUUUACUCCACUAGAUGUAUGUUUGUCACUAGGAUUGCGUGUAGUUGGACUAAAUGUGAAUUACAAUGGGGAUGAAGAUGUUGAAUGUCAUACCAAAGGUUUAUUUAAGGGGGAAGAAAUAAUAGUUAAGACAAUAGUUAAGCAACUAAGGAGGCAUAAAAGUGAUGACAAGGUUGAUGACUUUUGUAGGCUAUAUAUCCUUCUUGGGUUUGCAACGUUUUAUUUCCCGCAGAGUUCAACUAGAUGUUUGUUGCGAAUGUUAGAUAAUCUAAAUUCAUUGCAAGAAUAUAGUUGGGGUGUUGUUGUUUAUGAUACCUUGGUUCUAAGCUUGAGUUGUUGUGCAAAAUGCUUGAAUAAGUCAAAGAAUAAAUCAGUUGUGAGGAUAACCGGUUGUGCAGCCAUAAUACAGAUUUGGGCUUUGGAGCACAUGUUCUUGCGUGGAAGACCUAUAUGUACUGGGAAAAGAUCAUGAUGAAUGCCACAUUGAGGAACAAAAUCUGCAAGUAAGAUCCAACAUAUACACGCGUCUUAAGGAUGAACCAAGAAAGCGCAUUGAAAGUGCAGUAACUAGAUCACCUUGGACUACAUAUCAGAGGAGACACAACAAGGGCAAGGAGGUUAAAGCUGGAAACUUGUAACAGUUUUUGUUAUGUUCUUUUUUGAAGAGAAUGGGUCAUGUUUUAAGUAGAAAAUCUUUGUUAAUUAAUGGGGUAGCUUUGAUGUACUAUGUAGAUGCACCAUCUAUGGUGGUUUUGUUAUGUCCAUUGAUAAUAUGAGUCCUAAACUCCUAAUCCUAUUCAUGUGUUUUAGACAUAUAUUUAUAGCCUUUAUUAAGAGCAACUACCCGCAAAGUCAAACAUUACUACCCAAGUAUAUGUAAUUACAAUAAUGUGAUACCUUGUUA